AUGGUGGAUUAUGAACUACAUGUUUGGGGAUGCGAUAAAUCCAUAUCAGUGGUUUUUCCAGAAUGUCUCGCAGCCGCCUGGUUGGUAACCACAUGUAUACCGCACGAAAAGAUAAAUAUAGUGACUCUGUCCAAUACCAAUCUUUCGAAAACCGGUGUACUUCCAGUGUUGCUCACUAAAGAUGUCUCAUACGAGGGUUUUGGGCCGAUUUCAUCGUUUAUUCUUUCAGAGUUUUCUGGCAAAAACGUCAUUGAAACCAAAGACUUGGCACAGUCUGCUGUGAUUCUGUUGAUAGAAAACAAGCUAGUCCGUGUCCACCAGUUCAAUCUUUAUUCGAAUCUCAAGAAUUACGAAGGAUAUACCAGGAAACAGUUUAAGAAGUAUCUUCCAUUUCCAAUGAUGUACAACCAACCUUUGAAACUAUACAACGUCGCACAGGACCAAGUACGUAUGGCAGGCUUAUUACCCUCCCCCCCAGGCCUUUUUGGGGUGUUUUCCGGCUCUUCUGGUCCCCAUGACGAAGUCGACGAGGAGACGUCAGAAGUGGCAUUGAGUGCAUUACACGAGAGACAAAUGACAGCCAAAUCAAAUAAGCGAGAACUUCUCAGACAAUCCAAAAACAGUUUAAAAUGUUUGAAUUAUUUGGGAGAAAUAUUGGACGAUAUCGUCAAGCUCAACCACCAGCUCAAUCCACAUCGCCCCGACGACACAUUUGCAUUAAUAUUCAACGAAAGCAAGAUAUCUGUGGCAGAAUUGCUUCUCUUUGCAUACAUCCAUUCGCUCACAUACGAUGGUUUACCAGACCAUGCUAUUCACGAUUACAUCCGCCUUAAAUAUCUGUCAUUUGCAGACUUUUCCCAAACAAAAAUCAACGAGCUCAACCAAUUGCUCGAUGACUCAGCAAUUCAACCGCCAAAUUCCAGUCAGGUUCCUAAUCUAAUCAACGAAGUCAGGUAUAGAUUGGGCUACUGA